AUGAGGCAAAAUCAAAGCAUAAUAUUUGAAUUUAUUCUUCUUGGAUUCCAAGAGAAACCAGAAGUGGAUGUCGUACUGUUUAUGCUAUUUCUCUUGAUAUAUGCAUCAACACUGGUUGGUAAUUUUCUCAUUCUGGCUGUUAUCUGCAGUAAUUCAAGUCUUCAUUCUCCAAUGUACUUUUUCAUUGCAAAUUUUUCUUCUCUGGAAGUUCUUCUUACAUCUAGUGUCAUCCCAAAGAUCCUAAUUCUGGCAGACGUCACAGCCCUCCGGGGUGAACUACAGGGCCUGACAGGCUGCAUAAACUCCUUGGAAGACUCCUCAAAAAAAACCCUAAGGGACAUUUCCUCAUUGCAAAAAGCCGUGCAGGACUUGCAACACCAGCACGCAUUACACGAACGCCGCUUUGUGGCCCAAGAAGAUGCCAGACGAAGAAACAACCUCAAAAUUAGAGGGAUUCCUGAGGAGGUGCCAGAAGCUGAGCUGCAACAGAAAAGUCUUGAAAAAAAUGAAACUGCGGUCACAGAAUUUCUGCUUGCUGGGUUUAAAAACCUUAAACAUUUUAAGACAUUAAUUGCAGUUAUAUUUUUAAUCACUUACAUUUUAACAGUGUCUGGAAAUGCCCUAAUCAUUGUUCUAGUGUCAUUAUGCAGUCGACUUCAUUCUCCAAUGUACUUCUUUCUCAGCAAUCUAUCAUUAUCUGAAGUUGCAUUCACUACAAAUAUUGUUCCUAACAUGUUACAGAGCUUGUUUUCAGGACGUGUUGCAAUAUCAUUACCUGGAUGUUUAACACAAUAUUAUUUUUUUAGCUCAACAGCUACAACUGAAUGCAUGUUGUUUGCAAUUAUGUCUUUUGACCGAUAUUUGGCAAUAUGCAAUCCUUUACACUACAAAUCUUUAAUGGACAUUAAACUUUGUGUCCAACUAGUUUUAUGGGCAUGGUUAGCUGGCUUUACAAUAUCAAUGAUAACUCUGAUUUUGCUAUGUAAUACACACUAUUGUGGACCAAAUGUGAUAGAUAGUUUCUUUUGUGACCUUACGCCUCUAAUCAAACUUUCAUGCUCAGACACAUUCUUGAUAGAAAUUGAAUCUUUUGUAUUUGCCUCUGUAGUCACAGUGUUCCCAUUUGUUUUUAUUAUUGUGACAUAUAUCAUUAUUAUCCAUACUAUUUACAAGAUUCCCUCGGCUAACGGAAGAAAAAAAGCUUUCUCAACUUGUAGCUCUCACCUUGCUGUUGUAGCCACCUAUUACGGGACUCUUAUAACAAUGUAUGUCAUACCCUCUCAGGAACAAAUUUUAAAUGUAGGUAAAGCUUUAUCUUUGUUAUAUACAGUAGUGACUCCUCUGUUAAACCCAAUUGUAUACAGUCUUAGGAAUCAAGAAAUUCAUGCAGCAAUAAACAUAUUGUUAAGGAAAGCUAAACCUGUUCCUGGAUUCUAA